GACGAGAGCCUACAGAGUCUAGAGAGUUGGCCAGGACUAGAAGGACUGGCAGAGAAAUCAUCUUGGACCAGAUCUUUUUAUCAUUCCAAACUUCUCAAGGAGAAAUCCGCAAUAUUUCUAUUCUACCUCGCCUGUACAGGAUUGGAGAAGGGGAGAGGAGCUGAACUAGAACUAAACCUUCUCCUGGAUCUUCAGAAUCUUGUUUUCUCGGAUCAGGAAUUUUAUCAAACCUCGAUAUUCUUUAGAGACAAAAAUAACAAAAUCGAUGAAAUUUUCAGGUUGUAUGGUUCCGGUCUGGAGAGUCCAGAUGUGAGAAGCUCCCUAGAGAGACCGGAUGGGAGAAGCUCCUUAGUCCGGAGUAUUCUAGAUCUAAAACAAGAUGAAGCAAUCAGAUCUGCCUUGAACCCUGCUUUCAUCCUAUUCAUCAAAUCCUCACAUCUUCAUCCUUCAUCCCUUCAACACUGUAUCCUCUCCCUACUAUAGCUCAGUCAUCCUUUAUGCCUUCAACACUGUAUCCUCUCCCUACUAUAGAUCAGUCAUUCUUCAUCCCUUCAACACUGUAUCCUCUCCCUACUGUAGCUGAGUCAUCCUUCAUCCCUUAAACACUGUAUCCUCUCCAUACUAUAGCUGAUUCAUCCUUCAUCUCUUCAACACUGUUCAACACUGUAUCUUUUCCAUAUAGUAUAUCAUCCUUCAUACCUUCCACGCUGUAUCCUCUCCCUACUAUAGUUGAUUCAUCCUUCAUCCCUUCAACACUGUAUCCUCUCCCUACUAUAGUGUAUCAUCCUUCAUCCCUUCAACACUGUAUCCUCUCCAUAUAGUGUAUCAUCCUUCAUCCCUUCCACCCUGUAUCCUCUCCCUACUAUAGCUGAGUCAUCCUUCAUCCCUUUAGCACUGUAUCCUCUCCCUAUUACAGUGUAUCAAUAUCAUCCUUCAUCCCUUCAUCACUGUAAAUGGCUUUAUCAGUCAUCCCACAUUCUCUGGUAUAGCUUGUUCAGUCAUUCAUCAUCCACUUCAUCUCUAGCUCAGUCAUC